CUAAUCCGUCUAACCCUUCCUUUCUCAGCUCCCUGUUUGGUUUCCGAGAAAAUUUAAUUCUCCAACUUUCUCAUGAAAUUUUAUUUCUCAAAUACACCACCACCGUUUUCGGCUCACUUCAAUUUCUGAGAAAAAUGAAACUAAAACCAGCUGAUAACAUAACUGACACAGAAUCUAGUUUUUUUUUUCCCCUUUUAUUUUCUCGGAAGCCAAACGGGGGGUUUUGAUUUUGGUUGUGAUUAUGAUUGAGGAUUAACUGUGUUUGGAUUAAAUAAUAAGCUAUGGUUUGCAGAGUUUAUAGCGUUAUGGAUAUGAACUUUUGAAAUGUAGAGUGGAUUUCUGUGGCAAUUAAGCCUUGAAUUGGAUUAGUUAAUUUAAUUGGGGGUUUUAAUUAGGGUUUUGGGUGCUGUAUCUUAGUUGCUAUAACUUUCGGAUGGUAAUUGAAUUGUGAAGAUAAAUGUAGAAGGUAAGUGGAGCUUCAAGUCUUAGUGUAUUAGCUGAGAGAAAUUGAUCUUACCCGGUUGCACCAUUGCUCGGUUCUUAGAAAAGUACAAGAGGAAUUGAAAUGCAUUGUGGUGCGUGAUGAUGUUCAUCUGAGCAAAUUUAGGGUGCAUGAUGAUGAUUUUCCAUUACGUCUCGCAUUUUUGGUUUUUGGAUAGGGAGAGGAAAAGGAAAGGAGGAUUCUUGAAAGCGUUUAUUCAAAACGAAAAGUGUUUGAAUGAUGUCCUUGCUCUUUCAUAUAACAUGUAGAUGAGUGAAUGUUUAUGGGUAAAAGUUAUUCAUUUGUCAUGAAUUAAGAAUGACAGUUCAUGGGAAGAAUUGUGAUUGAAAAAGAGGACAUAUUCCAAAGAGCGUGCUUAGACUUUCUCGAAUGAAAAAAACUGCGUUGGCAGUAAUGGAAAUGAUACUGGCGGACCCUUAUGGGACAAAUCCCGGACCAAUUGAUGGUUCAGUGCUUUAUGAUCAGGACAAGCAUGUGUCUUCAGCAGUUUGGGAUGGACAGGAACGUGGUGCACUCAGAUGUCAUGAACACACUUCAAAGCUUGAUCAAUGGACACUCACGGAAAAACAGGUUGAGUUGGUAGAGAAGGCUGGAUUUGGUUAUUUAAGAUGGAUUCCGGCAAUCAGUCUAGAUAACCCACUCAUUUCUGCACUAGUUGAAAGGUGGAGGAGAGAAACAAACACUUUUCACCUUAAUGUUGGAGAAAUGACGGUAACUCUUAAGGAUGUCGCACUAUUGCUUGGACUAGCAAUUGAUGGAGACCCUGUAAUUGGUAUAACACAUACCACCUGCAACUCAGUUUGUGACAGGUAUCUCGGAAAAGUACCAGAAUCUAGUUAUACUAGCGGUGGAAUGGUGAAGCUAAGCUGGUUGAAAGAGUUCUUUUCCCAUUGUCCCAAAGAUGCACCACUCGAAGUGAUUGAAUGUCAUACCCGUGCAUAUCUCUUAUAUCUUGUUGGAAGUACAAUAUUUUCCACAACUACUGGGAAUAAAGUCCCUGUCAUGUACCUUCCACUGUUCGAAAAUUUUGACAAUUGUGGGAGAUAUGCCUGGGGGGCAGCAGCAUUGUCAUUCUUGUACAGGGCACUGGGAAAUGCCUCUCUGAGAUCUCAAAGUACAAUUAGUGGUUGUUUAACGCUACUACAGUGCUGGAGUUACUUUCACCUAAAUAUUGGACGACCAAAGCUCAAUACUGGUUCAAUGCAUGAUCGUUUUCCUUUUGUGCUUAGCUGGAAAGGAAAGCAAAGUGGGCCAACAACAAACCGUGAUGUAGUGUUUUAUCGUAAAGCUCUGGAUUCCUUGAAACCAUGUGAUGUGGAGUGGCUUCCAUAUAGAACUAUGGACAGUACAGUGAUUCCAGAAGAUAUCAAGAGCAAUCUGAAUAUAGGGAGGUCAAAAACAAUGCUGAUAUGCUUUGACAAGGCAGAAAGGCAUCUCCCAAACCGUUGCCUAAGGCAAUACGGCAUGUCUCAGUCAAUCCCAGAGGAUGUACAGCGAUGGGAGAGAAAAAGUCGCGGAGUUGAUGGUGGGGUUGACUUGUCAGGAAAAAUGGAGUCAGAGCUUAAUGAAUGGCUGGAGCGUCGAUAUCAUAUUGUUGAAGGUGAUGAUGGUGCAGAUGAAAGUGAUUAUAUGCUGUGGUACCUGAAAAUUACACGUAAAUUUAUAGGGAGGCCUAUAUCUCUCUCCUCUGAGUUUCAAAUAACGAAUGCUGGGUUGAGGGAUAUUGCACGCAUAGCAGAUACAUUUGUAACAGACGGGUUGGACCAAAAACAAGCUGAUUCAAUUGAAGAAAUCAGAAGUAUUGCGCAUCAAUGUUUGAGGGACCAGAUUUGUGGUCCAGACAUACCAUCACCCACCCAACAAAAUGAAUUUGGGAAAAGGAUAAGAGGAAAGGAGAGGGUAAGAAGAAAAGGUAUGGGAAAACGUUUGCGGAAGGAUGAUCCAGCACAAUAUAUUACUGCUAGUGAGGACGAUCAAUCCCAGUUUUGUGGUACCAAUGUCAGGGUUGAGCAGAUACGUUUUCAGGAUGUACACAGUGAAGAUCAUUCGCAGCUAUAUCCUGUUGACAGUGAGGUCACUGCUUUGCAUAUGAUCAACGGAGAUGAUGAGGAUGAGAAUAUGCAUCUAUGCAGUGCCGACAUGGGGUUUGAUCAUUCAGAGCUAAGCCAUGCGGCUACUGUGGAAGGUAAUUCUGAGCUAAUCCGUGCGGUUGUGAAGUUUGAUGACGCACAGCUUUUUGAAGCAACCGAAAAGAUCGACUCACAGCUUCGUGAUACCAUAAAUGAAGUCAAGGACUCACAACUGUCUGAUUCAACUAAGGUAGUUGAUACACAGAUGUGCAAUGCAACUAAGGUCAUUGACUCACAGCUCCGUGGUGCAUAUAACGAGGUUGAUGACUCAGAGCUUCCUCAUGUUACGAGUGAGAGUGAUCCACAAGCAUCGAAAGUUGAAGCAGAGGUUGUUCCAGAGCCUUCUCUUGAAACUCCUCAGGACAUUGCCCAGCAGAGUAAAUGUAGUGUCGUAGUAUAAUAUAAAGCCGCCAUCAUGCAAUUUUUCUGAGGCAGCGCGAGCGUAACAAUACGAAUUGCAAAUGUGCAGCUAGAUUAGCAGUCUUGGGGAAGUAAGCUAGCAACAAGAUGCUUCGGUUCAUGUUAAUUAUUCUACUGUUUUGUGCUGUAACAAUUUUAUGUCUGAUCUAUUUUUAUAACGUCGUCUUCGUCUUUAGGUUAUCGAUUAUUCACUUUCGUUUCCAAAUGUAAAGAUUACUGGAAGUUGUGUCUGUUCAGGUACUGGAAAUAAUGUAUAGUUUCAUGUAUAUUAUGAUCCCUCUGAAAAUUUUGAAGUUUCGUUUUUUCC